AUGGAUCAAGAAUCAACUACUCAGAAUUUUAUAAAUGUAGCAAGAAGAGGAGAUCUUUCUCCUAGGCAGAUGGAGAAGGUAAAAUCAGCAGCAAAAGGCAGAAAGAAACAACAAAAAGAGAAUAUGGCAGCUCCUACAGCAGGGGUUCAAACCAGGAGGACACUGACUAAAUCCAGUCUAACGGAGCCUAAGCAACAAGCAAAGAAGCUAGAAAGAUACAGAAACAAAAUAGGAUUUGCACAGGCAAUUUCAAAUGUUUCCAACAAGAUCUGGGCUUUCAUAGAUGAUGUAUUUGAGGUAACUGUCAUGUACAAUAUGGUGCAGCAAUUAACACUACGAUUGUAUCACACUGAAUCACAUGUGGAGAUGGUCCUAACUUUGGUUUAUGCUAAGUGUGAUGCUAUAGAGAGGAUAGAACUAUGGGAUUCUUUAUAUGCAAUGGCAAGGGAUAUGGAGGUACCAUGGCUAGUAGGUGGUGAUUUCAAUGUAAUAUGGGAUGAAGAAGAGAAGUUUGGUGGGCUUCCAGUGUCAUUGAAUGAAAUUGAUGACUUUAGACAUUGUGUUAACACUUGCAACCUCUUUGAUCUUGGCUUCAAAGGUAUAGAGGUGGAACAUCUUUCAAAAAUUGGAUCAGACCAUAGCCCAAUGCAGUUGAAGUGUGAUAUAGAGGCUCCAAUUAUAAAGAAACCUUUUAGAUUCCUGAAUUUUUGGGUGGAAAAUGAAUCAUUUAAAGAGGUGGUAAGGGAGAAUUGGAAGGCUAAUUUUUCUGCAAGUCCUUACAUCCUUUUUAAUCACAAGUUAAAGAAAUUAAAGAAGGCUCUAGCAUUGUGGAGCAAAGCAACUUUUAGUGAUAUAUUUCAGAAGAUAGCUAGCAUGGAGGAGGUGGUUUUAGUUCAUGAGAUUGAAUUUGAAGCUAAUCCUACAAAAAUGAACAGGGAAAGACUACAAAAGGUACAAGCAGAAUUGAUUAAAGUGUUGGCAUUGGAGGAGAAGUACCGGCAGCAGAAGGCAGAGGAGCAGGAAAUUGCAGAUGAGGCUAUUAAUUUUUACAAGGAGCAGUUCACUGAAACAGCCAUCCCUUCAUCAUUUGAUAUUAUCAAUUGCGUUCCUAAUCUGAUAGAUACAGAGCAGAAUGCUGAACUGAUAAAGAAACCAACCAAAGAGGAGGUCAAAGUGGCAAUGUUUGGACUCAAUGGAGACAGUGCAGGUGGACCAGAUGGUAUGACAGGCAGGUUUUAUCAAUCUUGCUGGGACAUAGUAGGGGAUGAUAUUUUUGACAUGGUGAGGGCAUUUUUUAAUGGUCAUGAUCUCCCUAAAUGUGUGACACACACCAAUCUUGUUCUGUUACCAAAGAAAAAGUUGGUCACUACUUUCUCAGAUCUGCGAUCCAUAAGCCUCAGUAACUUUUCCAACAAGGAGCAUAGUAAAAAUAUAUUACUGACUCAGGAGAUUGUGACUGAUAUGAGGCUUAGAACCAAAGCAGGACCUAAUGUCAUUAUGAAGCUAGACAUGACAAAAUCAUAUGAUCGACUAUCCUGGUUAUUUUUGACCAAGGUACUAAGAAGAAUGGGUUUUUCAGAAAGGUUCAUAGGCAUGGUGUUUGGAAUAGUGUCAAACAACUGUUAUUCCAUCUUAAUAAAUGGCCAAGCUCAUGGUUUUUUCAAGUCUUCUAGGGGAGUAAAACAAGGGGAUCCUGUCUCUCCAACUCUGUUUAUCCUAGCAGCUGAAGCACCAUCAAGAGGUCUCAAUGCUCUACAUAAGAACCUAUACUUUUGUGGAUAUGGGAUGCCAAAGUGGAGCCCAAAAAUCAAUCAUCUUGCAUAUGUAGAUAAUAUGAUUAUAUUUUCAUCUUCUGAUGGAACAUCUUUGCUACUGAUUAUGGAAGUGUUUAGUGCUUAUGAAGCUGCAUCUGGGCAGCUUGUAAACAGAAACAAAUCUGUUGUAUAUUUGCAUCAGUUAUCAGACCUUGAAAUGAUUAGCAAGGUGGAGAGGAUCACAGGGAUUAACAGACAAGAAUUCCUUAUCAUAUACCUAGGCUGCCCUAUAUUCUAUGCAAGGAGAAAGCUGGAAUAUUAUCAGCCCAUGAUCACCAAGGUAAUGGACAGACUACAAUCAUGGAAGGGUAAGCUUUUGUUUGUAGGUGGUAGUGUUGUUCUUAUUGCACAUGUACUACAGAGUAUGCCUAUACACCUCUUGUCAGUUGUCAACCCUCCAAACUAUGUAAUAAAUAGGCUGCAUAAGAUAUUUGCCCAGUUCUUUUGGAGCAGCUCUAUAGGAGGAACCAGUAGGCAUUGGGCAUCUUGGAACACACUAUGCAUGCCAGUUGAGGAAGGAGGAAUAGGAUUUAGGUCCCUACAUGAUGUAUCUAAAGCAUUAUUCAGUAAGCUCUGGUGGAACUACAGAACAAAGCCAAGCCUUUGGAGCUCUUUCAUAAGUCAGAAAUAUUGCAAAAAAAUGAAUUCUGUAAUUGUUCCAUGGAGGAAAGGGUCACACAUAUGGAGAAAAAUGUUGGAGUGUAGAGAUCUGAUUGAAUAUCAAAUAAUUUGGCAACCAAAAAUGGGAUCCUCACUAUUUUGGUUUGAUAACUGGACAGGACUAGGGGCAUUGUACUUCUUAGUUCCUCAGGAGUUUGGCAUUGAUGAAUAUGUACACAAUGUCUAUGAUGUCAUUGAAGAUGGAGGAUGGGAUGUGGAUAGGCUAUAUGAAUUGUUACCUGAAGAAUAUGCAGUGUGGAAAGCAAAGCUACCAUUGGAUGACUUUAUGAGAAGGCUUGGAUACUUCAUGCCAUCUAAAUGUUGGUGCUGUGUACAGCCUAAGGAAGAAUCUCUGCAGCAUUUAUUCUUCAGAUCUGAAACAGCCAGGGUAGUAUGGUAUUAUUUUUUAUCGAGGGCAGGAAUAACUGUGGAAGGAUUAUCAAUGCACCAAGCUAUCACAAAAUGCUGGACUGCUAAUGUGUGUCCAAGGUUAAAACCAAUAAUGCAAGCACUUCCCUCUUGCAUAGUCUGGGAACUGUGGAAAAGAAGAAACGGCAUGAAGUAUGGAGAUGUAGUGUCAACUAGCAGGGUGAUCUACCAAGUGUCAAUAACUCUUCAAGCAUUGGUAAAGGUAAGAAAGCCAGGUAUCAAAUUGGUUCCUCACAAGUGGCACGAUCUGUUAAAAAUGAUGGAGAAUUACACCCCUACACUUAAGGUGAACAAAGUCAUGUGUGAAUUCCCAAGUGCAGGAUGGCUAAUGGUCAAUACAGAUGGGGCUUCGAGGGGAAAUCCUGGCAGGAGCUCAAUAGGAUAUUGUGUAAGGGAUGAGAAGGGUGACAUAGUAUGGGCAGUAGGGAAGGAAAUUGAAGAAACAACAAACACAGUAGCUGAAGCUAAAGCUAUGGUAGAGGCACUGAGGUUCUGCAGAACACAACAAUACUCUCAUAUAUGGCUUCUAACUGAUUCAAUGCUCUUGAAAAAGAUCAUGGAUGGGUUGUGGAAGCCACCAUGGAUCAUUAAUGAACAGGUGGAGGAAAUUAGGCAGCUAAUGAAUGGGGGCAAUUACACAGUUUCACACAUUUAUAGGGAAGGUGUUCAUAAUAUAUUCUUGCACCUUGCUUGGAUGGAAUUACAUAUGGUGGUAUUAGUGCUAAGAACUCAAUCCAUAGGAAGACCAUUAAAGCAAGGCAAGGAUAUAGUGGCAAGGAAAGGAAAUCUGUUACGCAAGACAAUUAGGUCUACAGAAAUCAGUAAAAGUCACAAUGCCAGUACACAAGAUGUAAGGGAGUGCAAGAGAAACAAGGAAGAUAGGGAAGGAAAUAAAAGGGAGCAUAUUUACAAGGCUGGAAAGGUAAAAAUAAAAGCAAAUCUGCCCAGAAUGUCUAAGAGAAAUGGGCAGAAUAGCUCAAAAGAUUCAGGAGAAUGGAUUGGGAUUCUAUGGGAUAUAGGGAGCCAUGCAGGAAUUUGGAUCAUAAUGAUUUCAAAGCAGGGGAAAAGUAAGUAUAAGAGGAGUUGGGAGAGAGAGGUAGAUAGAGGGAGCUCAUCAUAUAUGAAAAAAGUAGCAGGCUUGCUCAGAAUGUCUAGGAGAAAUGGGCAACAUGAGAAUGAAUGGUUAGGAAUAGUUGAGGAAGAGGGAGUAGGUCCAAAAGAGCAACAAGCAAAACAACAUGUAAGGAAACGUUACUGUAUUCAUGCCUUGUCACAAGUUUCGACUUCAAUGGGUGGUAUUAGUACACUGUACUCAUUCCCUUGA